AUGAAGAAGGAUACGGCGGCAACAGACAGGAGCUACUCGUCUGCUGUGAAAAAGAUGACGACAUCCACUUCGUCAUCAUCGACGACAUCGUCAACAACAUCUUCACCUUCACAGUCGACUACACAACAACAGCAACAACAACAGAAUGGGCAACAUACUCUAAAUGGACAUCAUAAUCAUCAACAUCACAAUAAUCAUAACAAUCAUCAUCAUCAACAUCCUCAUUCAUCUCAUCACAACCAAUUCCACAAUGUAAACAACAACAACAACAACAGUGCGAACUCGACACACAGCAACAGUGGAGGACCAUUCAAACUGAGUCAGCAGCCAUUGCCACAUCAAAGAUAUCGCGACGCAUCCACCGAGGACAACUAUGAUGAGGACCAACUCUUGGUCGAACAAUCGCAGCUACUACAAAAGUCAUUGGAGAUCCUCAGCGACAGCGAUGACAAUGUUCCAUUCAAAGCGCCAACCGAUAUGUAUUGGAGCAUGUUUCAGCAUCAGAUGAAGAACAGCCAGCCUGCGCAGACACAACAGACAGCCUUUCACAAACUUGAUGGUGGCGGUGGCGGCGGCGGUCCCACUGCCUUUGUUGUUGGACAACCCGUUGGUGCAAACAAUCCAUAUGGUUCAUAUCAACAACAGAUGUUACAGCAACAGAAGCAGCAGCAGCAACAACAACAACAACAUUCACCAGCAUCAUCGUCAUAUCCACCAUUCCUCGAUUAUAACCUUCAACAACAGAUGUCAAACAACAACAACAACAACAACAACAACAACAACAACAACAACAACAACAACAACAACAACUCAUACCGAAUGAAUGAUAUGAUGCACCAGAAGGGCGGCUUUCCUCAGACACAACAACAACAACACUCAUCACCUAUGUUUACUCAACAACAUACUACUUCAAACACUACUGCUGCUGGCAAUCCAAUGACAUUCUGGGACCAUGGCGACAUACAACAGCAGCACCAACAGGGUCUAUUCAAGUCCUAUGACAUUGCCAAUGAAUGGGCACCACUAUCAUCGUCACCUGACUUCACUGGACACUCAUUCCAAACCUCAUUGAAGCCAUCACCAUCAGCCUCAUCGAUCAUUCAGCAACCAAACAAGUCUUCCUCUACCGACUUGUCCAAGGACACGAACAACCCAUGGAUUGGACGACAGCCUCUGCCCUUCCCUACUGGUCUCCCACAACAACAGCAACAGCAGCAACAACAGCAGCCUGGCACACCUCGAUCACAAUAUUGGGACAUUGCACCCAAUCAGAAAUCAUCACUGCACCUUCAGCAGGGUCGCGAUCCAUUGGACAUGAAGAGCCACAGACCUUUCAAUCCAAUGGUCGCACCAUUUCAUCCAAACAAAGGCUCCUUUGUCCCCUAUUCAAAGGGUGCCUCGCCAAACCAGUCAAGUCUCGCGACGACAAUGCAGACGACACAACCGACUCAACAGUUUACUCCACAGCAACUUCAGCCACCCGCACAGCUGAUACCAAACCAACCGCAACAACAACCCCAAACACCGACACAAGCGCCAGUUACUACAUCCACUGCCACUCAACAACAACAGCACCGUCCACCAGCACAGCAACAACAACAACAUCAACCACAACAACAUCAACAACAUCAACCACAUCAACAAAACUAUCAUGGCGAGCAUUCAUAUGAUGACUCCAACUAUGACAGCCCAGAUGCAGAGGUGGAGGCAUGCCUAUCUCGGCCCCCACCCAACCAAGAUAUCAAGCGAGGCGAGAUGGUCGAGAGUCCAGUGUCGCGCCAACAGUACAAGAACUUCAUCAAACAGUUCAAGCUGAAGGAGAAGGAGGGAUUGGAGGUGGCCAUGGCAUUCGCCUCGCAGUCCCUGUCCACCCUGUCCGACAAGGUGCAUUGGCGAGUGUAUCUUGAGCUGGCCGAUUUGGCCAACCGACAGAACAACCUGAAGCUUGCGCGCAAGUUCUACAGGAUCGUGACCAAGACCCAACCCUACAUCAGUCAUGGCUGGCUAGAGUACGCCAAGAUGGAGGAGGACUAUGGUCGCCUUGAGAAGUGUCAACAGAUUCUCCAGCUGGGCCUAAAGUACUGUCCAUUCAACGAGAGCCUUUUGAUCAAAGGCAUCCGACACGAGGAAAAGAUGGACAACCUGGACGGCGCACGCACCCUGCUAUCUCAAUUGCGCGACCAGUCCAUAUUCAAGACCUGGCGAGCGGUUAUGGAGGGUGGUCUAUUGGAGGCACGCGCUGGCAACAUCGAGGUGGCACGCAAGAUCUUCAAGUACCUGAUGAAGCACGUUCCAUGGUACGGCCCCAUCUACCAAGAGGCCUACAAACUCGAGGAACGUUGCGAGGAAUAUGAGCGAGCCAUUGCCAUCGUUGAGAAGGGUCUCCAAGAGGACCCCAAGUACGGACCCUUAUGGUUCAGCGCCCUGCGUCUCUACGAGAAGACCAGUCACGGGUUCCUGCAACAGACGCGCAACACUGUGGAGCGUGCGCGACAGUCUGUGUCACGCGAGGUCACCUGGAAGAUCUACUUUGAGGCGGCCCAGAUCGAAGAGCGCUCCAAGAACCUCAGCCUCAGCCGAGCAGCCUACGUCAAGAGUGUCGAGCUCUGUCCAGAGAACCUGCUCUGGAAGGUCUGGCUGGGCGGCGCACGAACCGAGCUCAACACAGAUAACAUCACCGUGGCAAGGAAGCUUGUCUUCCGUGCACUUCAAGAGGUACCGGCGAAGCUCAAGUCUCUGGUGCUACUAGAGUACUCGCGACUGGAAGAGUACGCCGGCAACAUCAACAAGUCGCGCCGCAUUUUGAAGAAGGCACACGAGGAGGCACGUCUCGACUGGAAGGUGUUCCUGGAGGCUGUACUACUAGAGAUGCGCGCCAACAACUACGAGGCCGCCAUCCAAGAGGCCAAACAAUCGCUCAAGAUACACAGUGGAGCAGGCAGGCUCUGGGCGGCGCUCAUUCAACUGAAGCAGCUCAAGGGCAUACCUGCACAGCUCAAGGUGUUCCGCAAGGCACUGCAGUUCGUGCCCAAGUCUGGCGAGGUUUGGUGUGAGGGUGCCCGCAUCGCUUUGAACAACAACGAGUUGGACAAAGCGCGCAAGUUCCUCGAGUUUGCAAUUCAGUUCACACCGCAAUUUGGCGAUUCCUUCAUUGAAUUGCUUCGAUUGGAGAUUCUAGAGAAAGGAUUCAAUUGCGAUAUAUCUAAACUAGAACAGCUAUGUAUUAAUGCCGAUCCAAACUAUGGAUUCAUGUGGCUACAUUGCACGGUGUCGGUUCUAGACAGUCCAAGACAGGUGUUGAGGAACGCCAAGAAGCUCUUGAUCGAGAUGUCCCCGUCGAGCAAGGAGGAAUACGAUAGGACAAAGGAUUCGAGGUAUGGAGACUGUUGGGUUGGAGCCAACGGUGUCCUGUCCCUCAACCGAGUGUUUAGGAACGACUUUACCAAGAUGACGAACGAAGAACGAAGGAAAUGUAUGUUUGGUUCUGAUCAAGUUAAGCCUUAG